UGUUACCUUCUGGGCAAUGCAUCUCACACACUGUCCUCACCACAAGAAGGGAACUAUCCUCUACUGACUGACACCAUGCUGUCACAAAAAAGAAGAGAGGAGGACUUUUUGAGAGAAGUUGUCCCUAGUUUGAAAAAUGGAAUGGUUAAUUUCAGAGCUAUGGCAGAUAUUCUACUCAACUUUGAUAAAGAUCAAACAAAGGCCCUACAGCAAGAGAUUCAGAAAGGACUAAAUAGCUUUCAGCAAUCUGAAGCUGCUGCUGGUCAACAACUAGCACAUGUAGACAAGUACUAUGUGGAGCUGACAUGUAAGAAAGGAAAGCUUGAGUCUGAGGAUAGACGUCUGAAAACCUGUUUAGCUAAUCUGGAGAGUCAACAUCAAGCUAUCAACGAUUCCUUGCAGAAUUACAGUCACGCCUUAGACAGAGCUAACUGGAACAAGAUGUCCACCCAGAAUGCUCUGGAUGAGUGCAGGGACAGGGCACGUUACAACGAAGGAAUACGGAAUGCUGGGAUUGGGAUUAUGUUUAUUCCCAUCAUAGGCCUCAUCGCAGGGUCAGUGAUGGUUGGUGUUGGAGAAGCAGAACUAAAUAAAGCUAAUAGGCAGGCACAGCAAGCACAAGAGGAAGUUAACCAUUUUCAGAACUUGGUUAAUUCCUUCGCCUCCCAGUUAGCUACAAAGAAGCAAGAGAAGACUGAGCAAAAAAGGAUGAUUGAAGAAUGUCAAGACAACAUCGGGAAGACCCAUGUGAGUCUCAAUGAGAGGAAGAGUAAGCAGAUGAAAAUAGCUGGCUUUCAGCAGAAGUUGAGGAACGCUGUCCACUUUCUAAGUGUCCUGGCUGGCAAAGCUAAUGUUGCCAUGGUUGUGAGUUCUCAAUCUGUCAUCAUCCUGGAGCCACUGUGCAUUGUAAUGACAGAGAUUGUGGACCUCUUUUAUCAAGCUGUAGGGGGGAAGUGUAAUCAGUUCCUGCAGGACAGGGACAUACAAAUGGCCAUUCAGAGCCUGCAGGAUGUCAAUCAACGAGUCUCAGCCAUUACUGGUACGCUUGGUCUGCUAGAUGAUCAGUUUUUUUAAGCGAAGUGUGUCUUACAAUAUCAUUUGUAAAAUUAGACAUUUGCGCUUUGUGUGGAAUUAAAUAUAUUAAUUUAGAUUGAGAUAUUAAUAUAUUAGUUUUGAUCCUCUGCUAAUUUGUAACAGUAUUUACUGUAGGUCAACAUCUUAACAUUUUCCUUGCUUUUGUCCUGAUGAUAAUGCCAUUAAUUAUGAGAGAAAGUUCAAAAGUUCUUUGUUUCCAACCUGUCACUUACUAAUCGUACAUGCAAACCAGUAUUGUGCUGUCACAAUUGUUUUAAAAGUUUAAAAUCAAGAGUAUUUGAAAAUCAUGAAUAUUGUUUCCAUGAUUCAUAUUAUUGUAUGAUUGACAUAUUUCAUAAUGAUUGAUAAUAUGACAUUACUGAAAGUAAUUACAACUACAAGUCUGUGAAUAAUUAUUAAAACAAAAGGGUCAUGCCUGAUAUUGACAUUCGA